AUGAAGGUAGAGGAUCUCGAACAAAACGGCAUCGCCCUUUCCGAAGCGCCAGCCCGCGAGGGGGAUCUGCCCCGGCACAUUGAGAGAGUGCGAGCCUUCUUAUUGGAUUUUGCUUGCACGCUUGUAGACGGCCUGGACGAGGACGGCGAUGUCUGUAUCGAGGACUAUGUUCUCGAACGUCGGGAUCUUGGAUAUACCGACAGGGAGCUCCGUGAGGAAUAUAAAACCAUUCGGGAUGAUGCUAGGAUACUGCAUUGGGGGAGAGACAGGGAGGCGGAAUGGCAGACGUUCUUUCUGAUGAACUUCUUCCGCCCUUUAUUGACUUUCACCCCGCCGGUAUUCAUUCUGACAUCUACAAGCGCGGCGCGUGCCAAAUUCUACUACGAGUUUUUCGAAAGCGCGCAAUCCCGGCCUUGGACUCUCUUCAGGAAGAAAAGAGAGGACUCGGACGACGACAGAGAGAAAGGUUUUCGGCAAGAUGACCGGGAGAAUCUGACCGAACCCAAACCCGACUGGGUUGCCUUCUUCCCCAUCUACAACUUCCCAGGCGAGAGGAUACCGACAUCGACACGAUGGCAACUGAUGAAGGACCCGAAGCCAGCCAUUGUUGAGAACUUCUCCCCCGCAACCCUCCAGCACCUGGCUCGGCACGGGGUACAAUCGAACACUGCCAACAUUUUCCGAAAAGACCAAACGCUGGAAAACGUCCUCCUCUCCGAUUGCCUCUGCUUCCCGUGGCUGAUAGUCGAGCACAAAAAGGCAGGUGAGAUGGCACUCGAAGAAAAGUGCCACUGCCAGGCGGCCAACGCGGGGACGGCCGCCGUCAUGAUGCUCGAAACCCUGGCUAGGAUUGUCCCCGGGGUCGAAGAGCACACCGCCAACGAGUACAUCCCGCCCGUCGUGACCAUGACAACGGUAGAUAAGAUCGUCCGGGUGUGGAUCACGUACUGCUGCGAGCCACAGUCAGACGACGGCAAGGACACCACGAAAUACAAAAUGGCCUGCAUCUGGCACGGCGACAUGACCCUCGUCUCGGACCUGAUCAAGCUGCGCGCCAUCCUCGAGAACACGCACACGUGGGCCAUGCGCGAGCAGCGCCCUCGCAUCUCGGCGUAUAUUGAUCUGUGGAAGUACAAAUACCCGAUGACGACGACGGCAGCAGCGACGGGGCAGCGCGAAGUCGAGGAUGAUCAGGCCACUCCUGCGAGCCUGGCUCCGUCGCUCGCUCACUUGACCCUGCAACCGCGGCCCGGUGAUCUGGUCCCGGUCCCGCCCGUGGGUGAGCAGGUGAGGGAGGCGGUUCUGGCGUCGCUGGAUGAUGGCAUGUCAACCCCGGAGCUGGGGAGUGAAGGGUCGGGUGGUGGGGAUGAGUUGGGGAGUGGAGAUGAGCUGGAGAGUGAAGACGAUUUGGACGCUGAGGAGGGUUUGGGUUGUUUAGAGGAUGUGGAGGACGAAGAGGAUAUGAAAAGUGAGGAGGAUGUGGAAAGUGAGGAGGAUAUGGAAAGUGAGGAGGAUGUGGAAAAUGAAGAGGGUGUGGGAAGUGAAGACAAUGUGGAGAGCGAAGAGGAUGUGUCAAACGAAGAGACCCUGGGUGUUGAAGAGAACUCUGGUAGGGAAGAGAGUCUGGAUACCGGAGACGAAUCGACACGGGCAGGAUCCUCAGGACCGGAGGAGCUAGCUGAGGAAGAGGAGUCAACAGGGGGGGAUUUAACGGAUGACGAACCAUUGACAUGGGCGGGGGACUUGACCUGGGGACACCAAACGAUCGAGGAAGAACCGGCGAUGGAGGAGCAACCGGCAGCAGAGGAGUCACCGGUACCCAGAGAGCCCACAACACGCGAAGAACCUGCAGUAGAGGAACCGCCAUCGACCCCCCCACGCCCACAGCACAGCACAAGUCCCAAACCUCAGCUUCCUGGGAGCCGGGUCCUCCAGGAUUUUGCGUUUGGAGCAAGGGUGCCAGGGGUAACUCACCAAAACACUGGUCCCAGUCAUUAUUGGGACCAACUCAGGCCGUUGCCAGAGACUACCACGCGGUUCGGCGAUACCCAAACUCCACUAAGGAAUAGGGAGAUAUUCAAGAAGGGGAUUUACCUACCCUACGCCUGGGCACGAGGGGGGAGGAUCAAGGUGAAGCUCCCAGACCCCGGAAGCAAAUACAACAUUCCAGUGCCGCCGCCAGCCGCACCGGUACCAGCCCCCAGGGGACUCACCCGCUUUGAAUCCGUGGCCCGGUCAUGGACCGACACCCCGACGAGAGAUGGCAACGAUGACGAGCUCACCAACACACGAUUCGAAUUCAAGUCGGCCAACGCCAAGCCAGUUGAGCUCAAACCGGCCCAAUUCCGCUUCAGCUUCGCCGCAUCCGGGACGCCCCCGACGUGGCCACUAACCAGCAUCGCUCAGGGAACUACCAUGCCGCCUAACCCGCCGUCACUCGGGAAUAACAAUACGACGGGGCCCUUCUGGAAACCACCCCCGGGAGGGGUAGAUUCGGGCUGUCCCGGUAGUCCAUCUGCCGGGCGGAGUACAAGUAUCUUUUCCACGGAGGGCAUGCGGGGAGCGCUUCCACCGACGCCAGAGCCGACGCCUGGGAGGGAGAGGGAUAAACUGCUUUUUACCAUGUGGUUUCCACUCUAUGAAGGGCCAGUAUAA